UAUAUCCAAUAAUAUAUAUAUUUAAGGACAGUUGAAUUCAUCAUUUCCCCUUAUCUAGGGUUUUUAUUAAUUAAUCAUGAAAAGAUAUAUAUAGUCCUUCUCUUGUGAAAAUAUUGUAGGUUUCUUUCAACCAUUUUUCCAUUGAGCCAACAUCAUAUGUUCAUGUUUGCUUAUAAUUUCUUCUUACUCUCUCUUGAUUGAUUCAUUGAUUAGUUUGUUUCUCUGUCGUCGAUUCGAAGAUCAUAUGAUCUGGCUGAUCUUGAUCCUGUGAAUCAAAGCUAGACAUCACAUUCAAGAUUUUGUCUCUUCAGUUGAUAAGAGGAGUAUAUAUAUAGAUUAUGAUGAAGAAAAGACAAGUGGUGGUUAAAAGAGAUGAAGGGUCACGAACAAAUUAUAAUUCAACAGCUACCCGAUACGGAGAAUGUCAAAAGAAUCAUGCGGCAAACAUAGGAGGUUAUGCUGUUGAUGGCUGCAGAGAAUUCAUGGCUAGUGGUGCUGAUGGAACCAACAACGCCCUUAUUUGUGCUGCUUGUGGAUGUCACAGAAAUUUUCACAGGAAAGAGGUUGAUGCCGAGGUAGUUUGUGAGAGUUCUUCUUAAUCAUCAUUUUUUGACCCGUGUGGGCCCUGGUGUAUCGAUGGUUAAAAAGUCCAACUUUUAUUGAUAAGAUUAAGGGAUCAAGUAUUGGUACCGUCUUAUUGAUGAGUUCUUGAUUAUUAUAGUCAAUUGAGGUAUGUAUAAAAGUUAUAGGAUAAGAAAAAAAAAAUACAUAGGGAAGGGAGUUUGAUUGAUGCUCCUUAUUGAGAUUUGUGAUUCAUGAGGAUUGAUUGAAAAGGUGUUAAUUUGAUAUAUUGAUUUGGAAAUUUUUAGAGGAGUUUGAUUUGAUGCUCCUCUUAAAUUUAGAUUGACAACUUGAUGUAUUUGGCAGGAAAAAAUUGGGUGUUGCAAGUAACUAAACUAUUAUCUUCUAUACAUCUAUAUAUUAAAUCUAUCUUAAAAGUAUGUCGUCGUUCUAGUUAUUUGAUUAUAAUAAUAUAUUUAUAUGAAUAAAAAGAUUAAACGUAUGUAACAUAUUUUUAAUACGGGUUGAAUAAUCAGAAUUUCUCACUUUUGGUGACUUUUUAUCUUAAUA